AUGGAUCCUCAUUCUAGUGCCCAGGAUGUGCCCCGAUGUGACCUUUGUGAGACCGACACAGUACACAGCUAUUGUGACUUUUGUCAUGUCAACCUCUGUAUAUCAUGUAUAGGCAAAAACAUUUCAGAUGGAUAUGACAAACAUAAAAUUGUUUCUUUCCAGGAACGAAGAUCAACCCUCAUUUAUCCAAAAUGUGAAACACAUCCACACAAAAAUUAUAAAUUCCAAUGCAAGGAUUGCAACAACAUUUUUGUUUGUUCUUCCUGCAUGGCAUCAAAACAGCACAAGGGACAUAACUUUGUAGAAGUUACCGAAGUUUACAAGACAAAGAAAAAUGAUAUUAAAAAAGACACAAAAGUGUUAGAAAAUCAUAUUUCCCCUACAUAUGAAGAAAUUGAACGUGACUUGGAAAAUCAGCUUGCCAACCUGGAUGGAGGAUAUGAAAAACUUACAACAACAAUGUCCAAACAAGGAAAGCAAUGGCACAGGGAAAUCGACAUCAUCAUCGACAAAAUGAAAACUGAAAUUAGCGAGAUAAAAGAGAGACACAGGGAACUUUUACAGAAACAUUUGAAUGAAAUCAAACAGACACAGUCUCUCAUUGAAAAAACAUUACAUGCCUUAAGGAAAAUCGAGAAAUCCACUGAAAUAUCUUCUACCAUCGAAUACUGCUCUAAGAUCAGAGAGUUCAGCAAGCUUCCAUCCAAAGUUAAGGUUACAUUGCCAACAUUCAUUCCAAAACCAAUAGACCGGGAGAAGCUGUAUAGUUUGUUUGGACAGAUCACCCCAUUAUCUACUAAUACAAAAGAAAAUGUCUUGUUACUUAACCAACCAAACAUUUCAGUCAGAGAACUACUGGAUGAACCGGAGCUUGUUACCACAAUACAGACUGGGUAUAAAGAUCUACGCAGUGUUACCUGUCUAAAUGAGGACAGGAUUUGGACGAGUGGAGAGACCAAUGAUAUCAAAUGCUUCAAAUGCUUCAACAGUAAAGGUUCACUCCUCCAAACAAUCCAAAAACAAUCAGGUUACUGGCCCAAUGAAAUAGCGGUAAACAGUGAUGAAGAACUACUGUACUUAGAUGAUGAAGCAAGUACAGUGAACAAAAUAGUGAAUGGACGGACAGAAGUGUUGAUCAGAUUACAGGGAUGGAAGCCUUCCAGUCUGUGUGUCACCUCUAGUGGUGAUCUCCUGGUUACCAUGUUCAGUGAUGAUGAAACUCAAUCCAAAGUUGUCUGUUACUUGGGAUCCACAGAGAAACAAACAAUUCAAUUUGAUGAUGAAGGUAAACCUUUGUACUCAGGGAAUGGGAGACUUAAAUUCAUAGCAGAGAACAGAAACCAUGACAUCUGUGUAGCUGACAAUACGCCUGGUGCAGUAGUGGUGGUUAAUCAGGACGGGAAACUCAGAUGGAGAUACACCGGUCAUCCCUCAGUUACCGAGAACGACCCAUUUGAACCCUAUGGUAUCACAACAGACAGCCAGAGUCAUAUCCUGACGGCAGACAGUGACAACCAUUGUAUCCACAUUCUGGACCAGAAUGGACAGUUUCUCCGUUACAUUGAUAACUGUGAUCUGGAUGAACCUUAUGGUUUAUGUGUGGACAAUAAUGACAAUCUGUUUGUGUGUGAGUACAGGGAAGGCAAUCACAAGGGACAUAACUUUGUAGAAGUUACAGAAGUUUACAAGACAAAGAUAAAUGAUAUUAAAAAAGAUACAAAAGAGCUUGAAAAUCACAUUUCCCCUAAAUAUGAAGAAAUUGAACGCGACUUGGAAAAUCAACUUGCCAACCUGGAUGGAGGAUAUGAGAAACUUAUAACAACAAUGUCCAAACAAGGAGAGCAAUGGCACAGGGAAAUCAACGUCGUCAUUAACAAAAUGAAAACUGAAAUAAGCGAGAUAAAAGAGAGACACAGGGAACUUUUACAGAAACAUUUGAAUGAAAUCAAACAGACACAGUCUCUCAUUAAAGAAACAUUACAUGCCUUAAGGAAAAUUGAGAAAUCCACUGAAAUAUCUUCAACCAUGGAAUACAGCUCUAAGAUCAGAGAGUUCAGCAAGCUUCCACCCAAGGUAUCACUGCCAACAUUCAUUCCAAAACCAAUAGACCGUGAAAAGUUGUUUAGUUUGUUUGGACAGAUCACCCCAUUAUCUACUGCUACAGAAGAAAAUGUCUUGUCACUAAACCAACCAAACACUUUAUUCAGAGAACUACUGGAUGAACCUGAGCUUGUUACCACAAUACAGACUGGGUAUGAAUAUCUACGCAAUGUUACUUGUCUGAAGGAAGAAAGAAUAUGGACAAGUGGAAAGACCAAUGAUAUCAACUGCUUCAAUAUUAAAGGUUCAAUACUCUACACAAUAAAAAAAAAAUCAGGUGACUGGCCCAAUGAUAUAGCUGUAGACAGUAAUGGUGAUCUACUAUACUUAGACGGUGAAGGAAGAACAGUGAACAAAGUACAUGUAGUGAAUAGACAGACAGAAGAGAUGAUCAGAUUACAGGGAUGGAAGCCUAGUAACCUGUGUGUCACCUCUACUGGUGAUCUCCUGGUUACCAUGUUCAGUGACGAUAAAACUCAAUCUAAAGUUGUCCGUUACUCAGGAUCCACAGAGAAACAAACAAUUCAAUUUGAUGAUGAAGGUAAACCUCUAUACUCAAGGAAUGCUAAUCCUAAAUACAUCACAGAGAACAGAAACCAUGACAUCUGUGUAGCUGACUGGGGGGCUCGUGCAGUAGUUGUGGUUCAUCAUGAUGGGAAACUCAGAUGGAGAUACACUGGUCAACCCUCACUUACCAAGAAUAAACAGUUUGAACCCUGUGGUAUCACAACAGACAGUCAGUGUCAUAUCCUGACCGCAGACAGUGUCAACCAAUUUAUCCACAUUCUGGAUCAGAAUGGACGGUUUCUCCGUUAUAUUGAUAACUGUGAUCUGGAGGAGCCUAUUGGUAUAUGUGUGGACAAUAAUGAAAAUCUGUUUGUGUGCGAGUUUUACAAUGGAAAUGUCAAGAAAAUCAAAUAUUUAAAGUAGAUUUCAUCAUUUGUAUAACUGUGAUGUAAAUGAAACAAAAGUCACCUUUUCCUGUGAAUAUUGAAUUUCAUUGUUUAAACUAUCCUUUUCUUAAACUGUUCUUUUCAUAUAAAAUUCUAUUCAUUCAUAACACAUGUUACAUUAAUAAGCUUACUUUAAAUUAAGAUUUAUCUGAUAUUAUUCCAUUGUUUAAAGAAGGUGCAUUUGAGUGUUGUUUGCAUGUAAUAUACAGCUAUUGUACCUUAUCAAAUAAAUUGUGUCAAUUAUCAGGAUAGAAGACUUCAAGUAGAUUUCAGACACGUUACUCAGUCUUACACAACCAACUUACUGGUAUUACAUGUACAUACACGUAUAUGACUAUAUGUAAAAGUUUAAUUUUAAGAAAGGGCUAAAAUUAACUAAAACAAUUAUAAUUCAGUAUGGUAUUGUUUAUCGGUCAACAGCUAUACCACUCAUAAACAUACAACACAAUUGAUAUAAACAUAUCAAUAUGCAUGUAAAUAUAUUGAUAGAACAUGUAUAAACAAAUAUGGCUUUGUUUAAUGCACUAGAAACCAUUGCUGUGCAAGUUACAAGCAGAGGUUAUGUAAUUUGCAGCAUCUGUUUACAUGUGUUAACUGGUUAAAGGUGAUUAA